AUGGAUGAAAUCACGGGCAAACAUACUAAUAGUAGAGGACGUGCUGAAACUAUUGUCCAUGCAAAAGUUCCUCUUUCUUUACUACUGCCUUCUUUAAGAGACUAUCAAAUAAGAGCCAUAUCCAAAUUGUUGGAUCCUUCCUUCUCCUCAUUAUCCCUGCAUGAAAUUAAAUCGAACUUAUUGCUACACCCCAAUUCUCCUUCUUUGAUACACUCUUUUCGCAUAUCCAGUUCUUCUGACUCUCAGAUCCCUCUGCGUCAACUCGGUCCAUCACCUCUUUUGGCAUCGUCUCAAAUGAUCAACGAAAAUCCCUCACUUCUUGGCUCUUCAAAUACAUUCCCCCCAAACCCUGUGCCAUCAGACCAAAAGCUACAUAUUCUAAAUCGUGCAAUUGAUGCCAUUUCUGAACAUUCUCUACGAGAAAUUAUUUGCAGUAUCUGUGCCCGUCUAUCUCCUAAGAGUUCGGCGUCAACUUAUUCUUUGUCUGACCCAUGUCUGAGUAUCUUAUGCCGGGAUAACUCACAUAUCACCCGAAUUGAACGACAUCAUGCUACUGAGCCCAUUCGCCAAGUUGUUGGCCCUAUUCUUCAUUCUUCAGCUCAUCAAUCAGGCAUCGUCCUUGCAUGCAUCGAAUGCAAUCAUUCCCUUCUGCAGUCUCGCAUCCCCAAAUCUUCGCUUGCGAAUGGCAACUGGAUUGGUGACAUUCCUUCCUGUCUCCUGGACCUCAAUUUCAUAGAGAAGUUACUGGUUGCAAAACAUCGGCAUAACGUAUGUGUUGUACGUGUCUCUGAAGGUCAUGGCCGAUUACGUUGCAAUGCUGUAGUGCAAGCUCGUCCUAUUCAAAGGGUUGUCUCUCAUCUUCCACCAACUCCUGAUGAACUUGCUGAGGUACUUGCUAUAAUAUUCACCGGUUCUAAAAGCCCUGAUGCUUCUCUAUUUGAGCGAACUCCACUCCUCAUACGUCGUUCUCGUGUGAGAAGGGCAUUGGAGUGGCUCAUAUUGAACCAUGAUGACUAUGCUGAUAUAUCUCUCUCUAUGCAAAAUCUUAAUAUGUAUCAAGAGAACCAACCCCCUGUCUGUGUUUUGUCUAGGGUCUCCGAGCGAAUCGAGCCUGUUCCUCCUGAAGCACAGGGCAUCAACUUCGAUCCCAAUACUUACGCUGAUGGGUGGAGGGGUACAGAAAGUUGUGAAUUUGCCGUUAGUGGACUCACCGAAGCUGAAUAUGAUUCCCUCUCCUAUGAUCUUCUCAAAGCCAAGUCAAUGCAGCAUCUCAAAAAUGGUGGUCGUAUUCUUGCUAUUGGGCAUGAGGAGACUCCACAAUCUCUGUACCAUAAUCCACAACUCUUCCCUUCCCUAUUUCCUUGGCUUUACCCUUAUGGGAAAGGUGGCUUCAACUCACCUCUGCAACGAAUCAGAAUGUCUGCACAAGCACAAUGCAGAGAUCGUCUCUUGUAUGGGGACCGUCGCUUUCAAGAAGAUGAGUAUUUCAUGUACAUUGCUUUUAACCAUGAGCAAAUACGCAUGGCUUCUGUUCAGAACAAUUUGAGUGUAAAGCGAUCUAAUUGGUCUAAGAUUGAGAAUGAUCUCCUGACAGCAGAUACUACCGCACUUGAGGAUAUGAUUCAAAAGGCUCAAAAAGGCCCAUUGACAGGUAAAUUGUCAGACUCAGAAAAGCAAUGGGUCAGAGUUUUGCGCCAUAUUGAAGUCGUUGCUUCUGCAGUCCAUGGCUCUACAGCUUCAAAGCGCCUCAUGCGGAAUGAGAUUCGCUCUAUGCUCAUGGAUAGGGGCCCCCCCUUGUGGUUUAUCACUAUAUCUCCUUGUGAUUGGAAAAACCCAAUCGUACUGUAUCUUUCUGGUGAAAAGAUUGAUGUCCUAAGCACAGGGACUUGUAAUUUCAGCUAUCCAGACUUACAAAGACGAGUUGCUCGUAACCCUGUCGCUUGUGCCCGGUUCUUUGACUUCGCUGUUCGUCUUUUCAUUGACAAGAUCCUUGGAUUUGAGACCGAUAAGAAGGGUCUUUUUGGCCCUGUGGAUUCUUAUUAUGGUACAGUUGAAGAACAAGGACGUCUCAGCUUACAUCUUCAUUUACUCUUGUGGAUACAGAAUACCCCUUCCUUUCAAGAUAUCCGGGAUCGCUUGUCCGAGAGAAUACAGCCUUUUACUGAAGAUCUAAUUGCUUAUCUUUCUGAUAUACAGUAUGGGGAUUACCAAGAUGCUUCCGAGUCUCAAGUGGCCGGGGAACACUCAGCUGCUCGUGUAGAUUCUACUUACUCUGAUCCCACUAUGCAAUUACCCAUCCACCUCAAUACCUCAGAUGAGCCAAUGACACUUCAAAAUCUGAAAAAACAAGUGAAUGAAUUGAUAUACCUCUCGAACAGACACGAAACUCAUAAUUCUCGUUGUGGUGGUCAGACAGGCUCUUGCAAGGCACGCUUUCCACGCGAUAUUGUACCUCAGCCCACUGUUGAUGAGGAUGGUCGCCUUUCUUUAAAGAAACUUGAGCCUUAUAUAAAUACAUACAACCCUGGGCUCACCUAUUUCUUCCGCUGCAAUACCGAUGUUACCUCUCUUCUAACUGGGACAUCAAUAAAGGCUGUAUUGAUAUAUAUUACUGACUAUGUCACUAAACCGUCCCUCAAGACCUACACAAUUUUCGACUGCAUCCUUAUUGUUUAUAUGGGCUCUCACGAUACUCUGUUUGAUAACAAUGACCCAUCUGCCUGUCGCCGUGUAAUAUUGAAAAUGGUCAAUGCGCUCACCUCACGAUAUCAAACGGGUGGCCCCUUAAUUGCUGCUUAUAUGCUGGGUAAUGGUGAUCACUACACCAAUCGGGAGUUUCAAACAUUCUAUUGGAAACCAUUUUCAGAUUAUGUAGCACAGAGACAUAGUAUAAAUGACGAUAAGACUGACUCAAAUACGUCCAAUGUCAUAGAUGAGAAUUCUCUCUUGACAAACUCUUUUGGUACCAUUAAACAUGUCACUCUAUUAGAUGAUUGGCGGUAUCGCCCCCUCCUGUUCCAAGAUUUGUGCCUCUAUGAGUUUGUCCGAACGAUACGUAAACGUCCUGCACAGUCCUCCAAAAGUUCUGAUGCAAGUAGACGCCGCUUUCUAAGUGAACAUCCACAGAAUGCUUCUCAUAUCGCCUACAAAGUCAAAAAUGUUGACUCUUGGAUCAUUAAUUGGGUUGGGCCUCCUCUUCCCCGUCUUGGUACUGGAGAUGAUGAGUUCUAUUACAUGACCAUGGUCUUAUUAUUCACAUCUUGGCGUGAAGGCUCAGAACUUAAACUUCCUCAUGAGAGUUGGCAUGAUCGGUUUGAACGGCAAGAUUUUGAUGACCGGUCACAACAAUUGAUGAAGAAUUUUAAAGUUCUUCAUGAAUGUCUUGACGAGAGGGAUAGUUAUUCAGCACAGAAUCGCAAAAUGAAGGCUUCUUUUUUGCCUACGGGUCUUUUCUCUGAGGAAGCACAAACAAUGCUAGACAAUGCUACUUACGAAGAUGGUGCCUUCAAGUUUGCAGACAUUGAUGAUGAGGAAAAUGUAGAUCUUUCCUUAUUCUGUACCGAGGGGCGGUUUUUCCGCCAACAAUGUGCUGAUGCUGAUAACGCUAAACAUGUCUUAUUAUCAAGUGGAUGGAAACAAAUGAUCUCUGUACCUCCUGUAGAAAAGGAAAUACCAGAAUUCGUGAGUGGUCUCGCUCAUUCCGCAACAGCGUGGGCUGCAAUACUUCAAAGUCUGAAGACACAGCGUCUAACAAAAAUGGACCUUGAACAUGAUGAACACAAUGAAAGCAGUCAGGACAUACCUACUCGUCACAGGACGCUACAGGAUGCUAUCAUUGUUGAUGAGAAAUCAAUGCCUGGCAGGCUCUCUGGACAGACGACUUCCACGGUUCUUGCUGAU